AUCGCUGAAAUUAAAAUGGGGGAAGUCCCAUCACCCAUCAACCGAGUGUAGAAUCAACCCAUGUUGUAGAAACAUGCCGGGUGACAAAGUUGAUGGUAUGGAUUGCGAGGAGAUGCUGAAAGCAGCCUCUAAACCCUUCUCCCAGUGUGGGGUGCACGCAGCCGAGAUGAUAGAGAAGAAUAUCGCAUGCCUGUCGUGCAAUAGGCUUGUGUGUGCCCUGUGUAUGCGGGACUCGCACCUCAGUCAUGACAUCAUCAGUGUCAACAAGCUCCGUGACUGCAUGUCACUACGGUGCCGCGUCUUCAGCAUGGAACUCAGUGAUGUCAUCAAACAUUGGAAGACGCUUUGUCCAGAACAAAAGUUCCAGGAGAAGGUAGCCGAUGACCUGAAUGAGCUCCAAGUGCUCCAGAAGCGGCUCCAGACGCAGAUGGAGGAUAGGAAGAAAACGCAGAAAGAGAUUGAGUUAUCCAAUAAGAAGAUGUGUGCUGAGAUAGACGGGGCGUUUCAGCAGCUUCAGUCAGUGCUGCAUGAUAAAAAAGAAGAAAUAAAAAAAUACCUUACAACAUAUCACGAGAAGAACCUUGACAAUCUAAAGUUAGACCUGAAAGCCCUGGAGGAGAAGUACACGAACUCCACCCGGAUGAUCCAGAAGGUGAUCACGUGUACCACGAAGCCGCACGGCAACAUCAAGGAGAUGCUGGACCUACCACAACAGCUGAAGUCCAUGGUGGAGCAGUCCCAGCUGCUGUCUAGCCUUGAUAAUGUUGACCUUCUGAUGGCCGAGAACAAAUUCUCCAAAGUGUUGCCCUCCCUGGAAGCUGUGGCCAACAUCUGUCAGACCCUGCACCCAGAAGCUACGAAGGUGGUGUGGAGUAAGGUGACCCCGGAGAAGAAGGACAACGGUUUAAAGAGAAAGUCAAGUUCAGCCUUGAAAACACUAAAAAGAUUAAAAUCCUCAUCAUCUCCUAAACCCAUGGAGUCGGCAGCUCAUCCAGGGUCUCUCCCAGAGCCAACCCCGGGGGCAGAGGCGUCAACCCAGCCAGACACGCCCGGUGUCUCAAAAUCUGCAACAUUGAUAAAAACACCAAACUCACCAGCAACAGCAUCAGGAACGACACUCGCAACAUCGCCAGCAACCACUGUUGCUCAUAGUCCCAGCACAGUUCUUGGUACAGCACGGCAUGCAGUGGAGCAGAACACACGACUGCCUGACAGCAGUACGGGCACCCCCGAUGUGAGUGCAUCAGCCAGCAAGGAGUACAAGCUCAUCAACCUGGAGCUGUUGCGAGUCGUGCAAGGUAACUUUGUGAUGGGUCUGAGUGGAGUGGAGCUUCAGAUCGGCAAGGUCGUGGAGGUCACCCAGCUCCACAGUCUCCAUUUUGUCAGCGUGCAGUGGUACCAAGGCUCUGUUGGAAAAUCAAAGCAGUUUACAUUAUCUGAGAAAUGGAUCAAGAAAAGUGAUUUGGUGAACAGCGAAGGCCUGAUCUGCAGUUUCACCUUCGACCCUCUCCAACCCAUCGCAGACACCCUGGAGAAAGAAUUGAUUCGAGCAGGAGAAGAGUUCAACAUCAACGGAAGUUCUGCAUCUCCAUGGGCGAAGCGAGUCCGCACUGCCAAGACAACGUAGCAAGAGAUAGAUCUCAUUCACGUCCUCAGUCUAAUCACCACUGAAUUUCUUUGAAACAAUGUGGAGUGGUGUUCCUUAGUCAUGCCAGGAUCUGCUGAUUUGGGGUUUUGCAUCUUACAUUUGCCUUCAUUACAAUCCUUCAUCCAACCAUUGAUAUUCUUCAAAACAAGGCAGAGUUAUGUCCCUUUGUCAUGUCAUGAUCUUCUGAUUUUGGGUUGAAAUCCAACAUUCAUCUGUUUAAGAUAACCUUACCCAUGGUCCCGUGUUUCACCGAAAUGGCAAGCAUCUGCUGCCUGCAUCAUAUUAUACCUCCCUCCUAGUUUAUUCUCUUAGAGUCAGGUGUCACUGACGUGCCGCUAGUCCGAGAUAGAGGUUAGUGUGUGGAGACGCCAGGCAAUGUUGUUACAACAUCUCGGGGAUAAAGUGUUCGAUUCCCGACAUGGGUACAAUGUGUGAAGCCCAUUUCUGGUGUCCUCCUGUGACAUUGCUGGAAUAUUGCUAAAAGCGGCGAAAAAAACAUACUCACCCACUACAACAUGUGGUGAUGUGUUCAUUGUCUUUAAGGACUGAUUUAAUUUUUCAAGGUAAGGGGUUGUUGGGUUGGGUGUGUGUUCAAAACACUGGAAUUUUGUUUUAGUUGGUUUAUUUCAACAAAAUGUUCAAGACAUACGAUUAUUUCCCUGAAAGAUGGGAAGGGUUAGCCUGGUUGUUAAAGCAUUUGAUCUUCACACCGAAGACCCAGGUUUUAUUUCCCACAGAGUUACAGUGUGCUGGAUAAUUGCUAAAAGCAGCACUUAAAUAACAAGUGUCCAAUAUGUCCAUACUUGUAAAGGCAUGAUCAAGUUGUCUGAUAAGACUGAGUGAGUGAGUUGGGUUUAACGCAGCUUUUAACAGUAUUCCAGUUAUAUCGCGGCGUGUCAGCUUAAUGUUGGAGGAAAGCCCGAAGUGAUGCAGGUCUCAGGCGUUU